CAAGGAUAGGCAACCCCGAAGCGUUGUUUCGUUUGAUUGUCACAAGUUUAAUUGGACGAUGAUGAAAUGAAAAGCAAAAGACCUCUUCGCCCGAUGCUAUGAGGUUAUACGUGUAGGUUCGGAAGAUUCCGCAGCCCGAAGAGUUGGGUGUCUGACGUUCACUUGCUUGCAGCUACGAACCCUUGGGUGCGAGUCGGAUGCUCUUGUAAAUUCUCCGCGCGCCACGGCCCCCGAAACUUACUACAAAUGCCAGAAACGCCCACGACCCCUGCGGGCGGGGACACGGUGCACCAUCACCACCACCUCUACUUUAAUGACAGCACAACGUCGCAAAUGCCCCGCUCCGCCUCUUCCUCGCAGCUGCCCCCGAGCCGGCAGAAUUCCGUGGCCAGGUCAAUGUCGCAGGGAACUUUGUCGCCGUCAAAGGGGCCAGGGAAGGAUGACGGAGCGUAUCAGCAGGUAUUUUUGUAUGCAAACGGUGGAAUUUGUUUUGUGGACCGUACAUGGAGGACAGAGUGUGACUGUCUUGCUUGUGAACUACACAUGAUCAUACAUGAGGGUAUAAGGUAAAACGGGUAAGACCUUCAUCCAUCCAGGUAGCGAAGAAGCUGAAGCAGGACGCGGAAGAAGAUUUACAGCUGAAUCAGGCGGAGGUAGAGAGAGAUCAGUUAGUGGAGGAAAAUCUCCGGCUGAAAGCGAGAUUACGAAAUGUCCUCCAAUACAUGGAGCGGUCUUCCAGAACACCAAGUAUGCAGCAUGCGAAAAAGCUUCUGCCCGUCCUCCAGGAGAUGGACCUCCCGCCGGUGAAUUACCAAGACUUACUCAAGGAGCAGCUGCGAAAAAACUGGCCCGCGGUGGACAUAGUGAAAAAGAAGCUGCUCGCGUUUUACCUGCCGACCUUGGACGCCCCGGGGCAGAAAAGGCUACAAGAGGAUCUCAGGCCACAGUAUCGGGCGGAGCAGGAGGAAUUUUCUGUAUUUUCGAAUACAUAGCGGAUGUAGUGAUAGUGUUUGAUUUUGAAGUUCGCUGAGGUUACUUAGAAUCAUUUUUUCAACAGCCAAAAGACACCACACAACAAAAAAUUUCAGGUUCAGAAAGAGCUCGCCAGGCUGAACAAGGGCCUCACCUCGAAAACUCGAAAGACCGAACAGUCAGAGAAACUCAUCCGCGCGGCCGCGGGUGAGAACCAAAGUUUACUUUCCGGAAAGCAGCAUUUGGAGGAGGAACUUAUCGAGCAGAAGGAGGUCGCCGCGGAAAAUAAGGUGACAAGUGAACGACUAAGGCAGCAGUUCUUACUGGUAAACACGACCGUCGCGAAGUUUCUGAAAACCCUGAACACCGUCCCGCCGCAGAAGUUCGGUAAGGAGGAGCGCGCGGUCCAAAGUAUGAAGCACACGCUUUGCAAAUUAGCGAAGGAGUCGAGCAGGCUCCAAACGCAGUUGGAGUCAACCUUGAAAGAGGAGAAGCUGUACGAGGUGAAGUGGAAAGCCCUUCACCUCGAAACGCAGAAAACUUGGCGGUCGGGGACUAACCGCGUACCGCCCAGCACGGAGUCAGCUGCGGAGUCCGCGGCGUUGUACGAGGCACUGGAGACCGCAGAGGACCAGGCGCUGACCGGGCUGCCCAACCCACAGCACCACGACCCGGUGUGGAGGUUAAUCUCGACGGAGGCGCGACUUGCGUCCGAGCCGGCGGACGAGUCGAACAAGAAAGCCAUCGAGUUUUUGACCAGGCUCACACACAACUGCGGCAAGGAGCCAGUAGACAUCUUCAACGAGAUGUACCUCAACGAGAAGAGUGAGGAAAGGUAUAGUACUGCCUGACUUUCUUUGCUUUCUUUGACAAGUUUCAGCGUUGCGGUCAUGCAUUUCAUUCGUAGAAUAAGAAAAAUGCGUCCUCGCAAGCCCCCGCCGCACCUGCACAGGUACCGCGCGAUCAAAUACCUUGCUCGCGAGUUCGUUCUCCACCAUCGAAAAGGCAGCAUGAUGACGCAGCUGAUGAAGGAUCUUCAGUCUAUGAACAAGUUCCGCGACCAGGACGUGGCGUUGAGCUCGAUAAAUCUUGUGAUCUGCCGCGUUCUAGAGUGCGACUUUGCCAGGUGUUGGUACAUCAACCACGCAAAGAACACCGCCUGGGUGAACGCCGAGACGAAAACCGGAACGAAACUGGUGAUAAAAGACCUCAACGACGGCAGCUACGUCUCGCGAGCGUACUCUGAUUUUUGAAACUUUUGUUGAUUUCUUGCCGUUUAUGGUUUUGUCGGACAGAAACUUUGUUUUUGCAUCAAUGUGGUUACUAGAAUUUGAGCGAGGGUGUCGUGAUUGUGAUUGAAUUAUGCGUCCACAGGUUCAAGUCACAAGCGUCCGUGAACAUCGCCGACGCGUACGCGGAUGUAACGUUCAACCGCGAGAUGGACAAAGUCACUGGGUACCGAACCAAAGCGGUUCUCUGCGCGCCUAUCCGCACGCAGGGGAAAGUCCGGGCCGUGAUUGAGGCGUGCAACAAGAUCAACACGCAGAGCAGCUGUUUCGACCCGUUUGACGAGUUUUUGUUGCACGUGAUCGGCUACUCCACGGUGGACGUGGUCAACAAGUGCCAGAAGCACCGGGCGAACGUGCAGACCAGUUUGCGAAAAGACAUCCUGCUGGAAGCAGCGGAAGACCUGUUCCAGAAGUGCCACUCGAUAAAGGACCUGUUCCGAGUGUUGCGCGACCGCAUGUCGCAGAUGUUCUCUGCGAACGAAAUCAGGAUAGUCUUGGUCCACGAAACCGCAAACAAACCGCCGUCAUUGCAGAGAAUAGACGUGGAUCUGCACGGCGGGUUGCUGACGAGGGAUUUCGGUAAUUGUGUUUGGAUUAAGGUGAUUUUCCAAUUUGAAAAUACAAAAAUGCCCGCCAGUGCUGGUGUCAUUUUCAAAGUGAUCUCUUGCUGCGUGAAAAGGGGCAACAUCUUGCAAAAAAUCUCUCAAGGUAUGGUCGGUCUCUGCGGCGAGUGCGUGCAGGAAAAGCACUGGAAAAUGUUUGAGAAGCCACGACGCACGUGCGGGCGCCGCUUCCACCACGGGGUGGACUUGGACGGCGAGGGCAAAGUUUUUCUGUGGCCGCUGCUCUACCACGGGGUCGUCUCUGUCGUCAUGAUGUUCUCCCUCCCUGUGGUUGAGGACGACGAAACCACGUUUCAGGCUUCCAGCUCCAUCCACGUGCACGCUCUGGAUAAGCUCUUCGCCAUGGCCAUGUUCUUCUUGGAGAAAUGGUUUCCAAGUUCGAGCCGAUUGCGAUUCAGCGACAACAAAAAGAACGUGCGCUUCAAGAACUACGUUGAGUUCCAGAAGCUCAUGCAGCCCACCCAGUGGAAGCAGGAGGUCGAGGCCUACGCAGUGUGCACCAUACAGAGAUGGGUGCGCAGAAGCAAACUCAAGUACUGAUUUUUGAUAUAGUGCGAAUCAAUGUGCGUUGUUCUUCUGCUACUGGUUCUGCUGCUCCUGCUGCUGGGUGUAGAGGUACCUGGAAAGUUUAAUCUGCAUCCAGUUCGAAGGAAUCACUUACUUCAGCUUUCCAAUCACGUUUUCGUUUUUCACAGGUAUGCGAUCUUCGGCGUGGCGCGUGCGCGCUUGCUCGCGGCGAGAUUGAUCCAAGUGCAGUGGGCGUCGCGGUAUGCGAAGAGAAAGGGCCGAAAGUACCGACAGGGCUACGCGAAGCACUACCACUUCAAUUCCGAGCUCGGAGACUGGGAAAUCAUCACGCGCGAUGCGUGGUUGAAAAUCAAAAACAAGUAGGGUUUAGUCGUGGCUGCAGAACGACUACGAGAACCCGUUGUUUUGUUCGAAAUUAAUUGAAAUGAAAAAUUCAAACUAAGGAAUAGGAUCAGCAACUCAAUGAACAAAUUUGAAGUUUUAGCUUAAUGACAAAAAAUAAGCGAGUAGCGCGUUUUGCUAUUCGUUUUGUGACUCGUUUCAUCUAUUUCUUCAUCCAAUGAACACCAAAACGUAGUUGUACCGGGACCUAGCAAUGCGAACAAAUGGUACAACUACAACUCAUGUUUCUGUUUCACUCUCAGCAAAGAAAUGUUUCCCGUUUCGCAAGCCCAGCCAACGUAGGACAUGCGGAUGCGCGGCGAAAAAAACUUGCUAUACCAAUUGUAACACUUGUUUAACAACACCCUGUAUUUUCAGUGCUACGGACUAAAAGUUUUAU